UGUUGUCUUUGAUCAAAAUUUUGAUCCCUUGAUCACCCGCCUUUGACUCUUUCCUAUGCCGUUGCUGCCCAACGCAGGUAAAUCGACUUUAGCUGAUGCUUCGGCUUAGACCAUUCCAUUCUGGGUAGCUCUGGCGAGAGAGUAUCUCUCAGUGCUCUAUGCUCUAAGCUUCAUCGACGUAUGUAAACUUUCCUGUCACAAUCAGGAAUUGAUCCAUAGGUGAGAGCACAUAGUAAGUGCUUAACAAAUACAACAAUUACUAUUAUUAUGGAUUAACUCAACUGGACACCUUCCACCAAGAGAAGACUUCCACGCCGAGGAAGCGUGAGGAUGUAGAGAGUCGCUUUAACUUCGGUUUCCGCAAAGAUUUCCUGGCUACGAUCUCCCUGGGUCCCUGCGAAGGUUGGUCAGGCUUUACUCCCCCCCGACCCAGCCCCAUUUUACAGAUGAGAAAACUGAGGUUCAGAACAGUUUCACGACUUGCCCAAGGUCACACAGCAGGGAAGUAGCAGAGCUGGGAUUAGAAACCUGGAUCUCUCUAAUCUUGCCACCAGACCCCGCUGUCCCUUCAGUUUCACUUUUGAUUUUCCGGGUUCUGCUCAAGAGUCUAUCUUCAAGAAAUGGCCAGGGAGCAAGGCUGAUUGGGUGAGAGCAAUUGGGGGAGUUUCCUUCCUCUUUUCUAAUGUUGCCUUAGACAUUUCAGGGCAUUCCUUGGAUUGCUCCUGCCGUCGACCGACUGAGGACCAUGUGGCUGUUGGUAGCCCUGGUGGUCCUGGCUGCAGGAAAUGGCAGAACGGCUGGUGCCCAGAAGUCUAGGCUGACCCUGCAUCCAAAGUGGGUCAAUGUGUUCAUUGGGGACAAAGUGACCCUGAAAUGCGACGACCCCAAUUCACUGGGGAACAUCACCACCACCCAGUGGUUCCGUAACGGUACGGCCUUGGAGAUCCAGACCCCCAGCUACAGCAUCCGGGCCGCCGCCUUCGACGACAGCGGGGAGUACCGGUGCCAGAUGGGGGACUCCCACAAGAGCGACGUCAUGCGGCUGCAUGUGAGCCAAGAUUGGCUACUCCUGCAGACUUCCGGCUGGGUGUUCCUAGUGGGCGAACCGGUGGACCUGAGAUGCCGCAGCUGGAAGGACCGGCCCUUGACCCGGGUGACCUUCUUCAAAGACCAAGAAAUAAUGAAGUUUGUCACAAAGAAUUCCAUCUUCUCCAUUCCCCAUGUCACUCGCAAUGAUCGCGGGUCCUACCACUGCACAGGACAUCUGGGCAGCCAACUAUUCGAGUCAUUACCCAUCAACAUCAUCGUCCAGGACGAGGACCGCCCCGCUGAAGGAGGUGGAGGUACAACCCCAUCUUCAUCCUGGAUCCACAUCUUUUUCUACUUGGCAGUGGGACUGCUGUUUGCCACUGACACGGAGUCCAUAUAUCAAUCCGCGGAAAAGGUUCUGGACACCAGAGACAAAUAGGUAAAGUCCAGAAACAAAUGAAGAGAGUGGGGGCCAUUAAAAUGUUCUCCCGAGGGGCCAAGAGCAACAUUGACAAGUACUGGUAAGCACUGAGAAGCAGCUUGGCACAGUGGAAAGAGCCCCGGCCUGGGAGUCAGAAGGUCAUCCCUGAUUCACCAUUGCCUGCUGUUUGACCUUGGGCAAG